AUGCGGCCCCCGCAGCCCCCACCGGGCGAGGAGGAGGAUGACGACAAGGAGAAGGAUGAGGAUGAGGAGGAUGAUGAGGACAUGGCGGGGGAAACAGAGGACAUCCUGCGCUACGAGGAGCACAUCGCCGGGCUGCUGGCGACGGUGGCCCGGCUGCACCGGAGAGCCGAGCAGCUGCAGCACCACACGGGCAGGGAAGAUGAGGAGGGCUGGGAGGGCACUGCCAGCCUCCCUGCUGCCAGCCCGCAGCCCCGGUGCCUCGACGGCACGCUCGACACCGCCACCGGUCUGGAAGCCCACGGCCCCGACCUCUUUGCGGACCUGCAGCACGCUGUGAGUUCACUGGAGCGCGCCGUCUUCUCCCGGCACCGGCGGGCACCGACGCAGCCUGUGCCCAGCGAGGAGUGGGCGCGGGCGGUCAAGAGCCUGGAGGAGCUGGACCGGACACCGGGCUGGGCCGGGAGGGCGACACACCGGGGGCUGGAGGAGGGAGCGGGCAAGGGGCUGCCAGCGGAGGAGGCGGUGGUGGCGGCUGCAGUGGCAAAGAACGUGGCACUGCGGGCGGCCAUGGGGCGCCGGGACGAGGAGCUGAGCCGGGCCACUGCCUCGCUGCGGGCGCUGCGGGGGGAGCGCGACCGGCUGCAGCAGAAGGUCCAGGACCUGCGGGAUGCUCUGUCCAGGCUGGAGGAGCCGGGGGGCUCCGGCAGCGACCCCCCUGGGCUUGGCAGCCCCCCGGGGCAGAGGGAGCCCCAGCUGCCCCAGGACCUGCCCCAGUGCGGCGAUGGCGCUCAGCCCCAUGGCGUGCAGCCCCAUAGUCCCCUCUCCCCCAAACCCUCGGAGGGUGCCAGCUGGGAGCAGGAGCAGCGGGUGCAAGAGCUGCAGGGGUGCCUGGGGAAGCUGCAGGAGGUGAACCGGCAGCUGGCAGCCGCGCUGCAGGAGUGCAAGAGCGAUGCGGAGCGGCUCAGCAUGGUGCUGGGCCAGCACGAGUCCCACAGCACCGCCCUGCGCCUGGCCCUGCGCUGCAGCGAGCGCUGCGCGGGGGCCUACGCCGCCCUCCUCGACCUGGUGCGGGCGAAGCUGGAUGGUGCCCGUGGCGACGCCCCGGCGCCCGCCCGCGCCAGCACCCGCUGCAGCGAGGAUGCCCGAGCCCGGGCUGAGCGGGCGCUGCGGGACGCCAGGGCUCUCCUGCCCGGCUGGAGGCGGCUGGAGAAAGCGGAGCUGCUGCAGGACUUGGCGAUGCUGAAGGAGGCCAUGGCCGACCUGAAGACGCGGCUGCAGCUGACGGAGAGGGAGAAGCGGGGCCUGGAGGUGCUGGUGGCCGGGCAGGGGCCGCGGGAGGCUGCGCUGCGCCUGGUGCUCCAGCACCUGGAGCGGGACGGGGGGCCCGGCUGCCCCCCCAGCCCCCCCAGCAGCUCCAGCAGCAGCGAAGAGGAUGCCCAACCGGGCCGGGUGGGAGCGGCAGCUCCCCGGCACCCUCCGGACCUGGAGACGAUGAGGGAAGAGCUGCUCCGUGCCCUGGCCCGGGUGGAGGAGCUGCGCGCCCGGGCGCAGGCUCUGGUGCUGUCCCUGGAGCAGAGCAGUGCCGCCAGCCGCGCGCAGCAGGCGCAGUGCGUCGCCGUCACCGCAGACUUCUUCCACGCUCACAGCGUGGCACCCGCAGCACGCUGGCCCUGGCGUACCGCGGCACCCGGCGGAAGCAGGCAGCCCAGCUGCGGCGGCUGGAGGUGCAGGCAGGUGCCCUGCGCAGGCAGCACGCCCGGCGGGUGCAGGCGCUGGCCCGCAGGCUGCAGACCCUGGAGCAGGGGACGGCCGGCAGCGAGACCUGCAUCUAGGGACCCCUCGUCACCCCCAAGACGCCCUGUGCCGGGAGGCACCCGCUCCAACGUCUGCGACGAUGAGCUCCUGCUCUGCCAGAACGGCGGCACCUGCUACCAGAACCAGCGCUGCAUCUGCCCCGUGGGCUUCAAGGGGGUCCUGUGCCAGCAAUCCAGGCGGGCCCCGCUGCAGCGCUACCGGGGGCCCCGAUGCGGCCGCACCGUGGCCCUGGGCGCAGCGCGGGGUCCCCCGCUGCAGCACAAGGCUCCCUCCGUGCUCCGCGCCCCACGCAAGCGGCCCCUCUGCCCGGCGCGUCCCCAGCCCCCGGAGGGGGGAUGCCCUGGCUGCCCUGGGCCAUGGGGCGCAGCCGGCGUCCGGGUCCUCGCCAUCGCCCGGCUCUGCUCCGGCAUUAAUCGCCGUUCCAGGCUAAUGCCUGAAAACAUGCCGUGGCUGUAA